AUGGAGGGGGCCAGGGAAGAGGAGGAUGAUGAUUAUGAGAAUACGGCGCCACCGUACAAGGACCUUCCUCCCAAGCCAGGUUCGAUGGCUCCACCAAGGCCUCCAAGGGCAGGAAAGAAAACCGAGAAUCCCCCACUUCCUUGCAAGAUCCCAAAGAUGACAGGCCUGGACCUUACCCCUGUCACCUGCGUAUCUCCUCAACUGGGUGCUGAUCUGGAGCCUCCCCCAUUCCAGCCAUCCCUAGCCUCAACUCCAGUACCCUGGCUCAGUCAGAAGUCCGGGGGUCCUGGGUGCUACCAGGAGGAGAGAUGGAUGGUGUACCUGUGUCCGCUGGUGGUGAUUUCACUGCUCCUGGGCUGCAUCGGUCUGACCGUGACUCUGAUUAAGUACCAGGAGGUGGUGGAAGAACUGAGGAUGUUAACCUUUCAGCAGAUGGAGUGGCAAGCAAAUGUGACUGGAAUGGCAGGGCUAGCUGGCCUGAAGAAGGACAUUGACCGUGUAAGAGAUGACACCAACCAGUCCCUGGUGGAACUUCGAGGCUUAUUAGGGUGCAAGAGGGUCACAUGCCCUGAAGGAUGGCUUCCUUUUGAGGGCAAAUGUUACUACUUUUCCCCAAGCACCAAGACAUGGGAUGGAGCCCGGACGUUCUGCCAGGAGAAUUACUCUCAUUUGGUCAUCAUCAGUAGUUUUGCUGAGCAGAAUUUUGUGGCCAAGGCUCAUGGCUCUCCACGGGUGUACUGGCUGGGGCUGAAUGACAGGAAACAAGAAGGGGACUGGAGGUGGCUGGAUGGGUCACCCGUCACGUUAAGCUUCUGGGACCCACAGGAACCCAACAACAUGGAUGAAGAGGACUGUGGCAGCAUGAACAAAGGUGGCACCUGGAAUGAUCUCUCUUGUGACAUAACUACAUAUUGGAUUUGUGAGCGCAAAUGUUCCUGUUGA